AUGAAUGGAGAGAUGGUUAUUGAUACUCCAGCUAAUGGGUUGGUGACUACUUCUCUUGUAUGUUUGAAGUGUCCUCUAUCGAUGUUCAAUAGAGACUUUGUCGGGGAUCUAAUUUUUUUAUCAUUGAGUGGUCUGGAUGUGAUCUUGGGUACGAACUGGUUCGAAUCCAACUAUGUUCAUAUUAAUUGUUAUAACAAGUCGGUGCGGUUUUCUACUCCCGAUGAGGAGAAGGAAACUGAGUUCUUAUAUGCUAGACAGUUGAAUGAGUUGAUGAAAGAUGAAUCUCCAGUUUUUGCAUUAAUGGCCUCAUUGUCCAUUGAGAAUCAGGUUUCUAUUGAUGAAUUACCGGUAGUGCGUGAGUUUCCUGAAGUUUUCCCAGAUGAAAUUCCAGAUGUGCCGCUAGAGAGAGAAGUAGAAUAUGCUAUUGAUCUUAUUCCUGGUACCAGACCUGUUUCUAUGGCCCCGUAUAGAAUGCCGCAUCUGAAUUAG